CCGACCUCGGCAGCGGGGUCGGACAGGGACCCCGGCGCCCUCGGUUGAUUCUUAAAUAAAACAAAAAUCUAUCCAGUAAAGGGCGUUCGUGGAGAAAUUACAAUAGAGAAACCAGGCAUUUGUAUUCUGGAGAAACCUCCUAAAACAACUGUAUGGAGUAAGACGAAAGAAGUGCAUACAUCUGGAAGAAAUUUUGCUCAGUAUGAUAUUUUUGCCCACCUUUUUGUCAUAAAAGGCUGCUAAGGAAGAAAGAAUAUAGUUUUCUGGAGAAAGAAAGAGUGUAAUGUAAAAAUGGAGACAACAGUUUCUGAAAUUCAAGUAGAAAGCAAGGAUGAGAAGAAAUCAGCAGAAGUUAGUCCUCAGGAUGAGAGGCAGGAGGAAAAAGCAUCAAUGCUUUGCUUCAAGAGAAGAAAGAAAGCAGCCAAAGCAGUGAAGCCCAAAGCUGGCUCUGAAGCUGCUGACGUGGCAAGGAAGAGUCCCCUAGAAGGAGGAGCUUCUGAUCAGCCACAACUCCCAGCGGGGGCCUGGGCCUCCAUCAAACGUCUUGUAACACGCAGGAAAAAGUCAGAUUCUUCAAAGCAGCAAAAGCUCUCUGAGGCUAAAGUGCAACCUGAAAUCAAUGCUGAAGAUGCUGAUCCUUCUAAGAAAAAGAAAAAAUCCAGAUGUAAGAUUCCCUGCAUAAAAUUCUCAAAAGGGGAGAAAAGAAGUAAUCAUUCCAAAAUUAUAGACGACUCAGACUGCAGCGUUCGAGUCCAGGGAGAGGCUGAAAGUUUGGAUACAAAAACUCGGACCCAAUCAGAUGACCAGGCCGCAAAGACCAAGUCCACCCAGGAUGUAAGUGAAGAUGUCUCACAGAAAGAGGUUGGUGAGGUCUGUGAAUCAAAUGUGAGCAACAGCAUAACUUCUCCUGCACAGACAGUGGUUUCAGUAGAAGUUGGGUUAGAUAUGGGGCCUUCUGCUCUUCCAACAGGAACUCUAAUCCUUGAAAAAGAUAUGGAAAUGACUGAGGAAAAACAAAGUGUUCAACCCCAGCAGGCAAGCCCACUUGAAACUUCAGAAACAGAACAUCCGCUAACAGUGGUUUCUGAUGUUCCUCCCUCACCUGCAAUCCCAGAUCAACAAAUUGUGGAAGAAGCCAGAAACAGUAUCCUAGAAAGUGGACCAAAUUGGAAAGACCAUGAAAGUAGAGAGAUUGUAGCUGAAGAAAGUAAGCCAAAAGAUACUGAAUUGACCCAGGAAUCAGAUUUUAAAGAAAAUGAGAUCAAUGCGGAGAAACCCAAACCAGAAGAAAGCAAAAGAAUGGAGCCAAUUGCUAUUAUUAUUACAGACACUGAAAUCAGUGAAUUUGAUGUUAAGAAAUCUAAAAAUGUCCCUAAGCAAUUCUUAAUAUCAAUUGAAAAUGAGCAAGUAGGGGUUUUUGCUAAUGACAGUGGUUUUGAAGGUAGAACUUCAGAACAAUACGAAACACUCUUAAUAGAAACAGCUUCUUCUCUUGUCAAGAAUGCUAUCCAGUUGUCUGUAGAACAGCUGGUCAAUGAAAUGGCCUCUGAUGAUAAUAAAAUAAACAAUCUUCUACAGUGACUUAAUUUCCAGAUCAUGGGAGGAAAAAAAGCUUAAUGAUAAAUUAUUUUACAUAUUUGUGGCAUUUCUUAUUCAGUAACAAAUGAGAGAUUUAUCAUCUGUGGAAUUCAAAGGCACAAUUCCAGCCCAGAAGUGCUAAAGAAUUAAUCAAGUUAAUAAAACCCUCCCUACCAGUGAAAUGCAGUCACUUCUGGAUUGGAGGGAAGUCAGUACAGACUGCAAUGCAAGGUGACACACAGAGAGUUGCUAAAAUGGCACGUGGAGAUUGGGGUGCUGGGAGGAAGAUGUAUUUAUUGAGCACUUACGGUAUGCCAUAAGCUCUUUGAUAUCCUCUGAUGUCAUAGAGCCUGGUUUCCUUUUGAUAGUUCAACCCUCUGUAUAGGUUAACAUCGCAUUCAGUUUUCCAAAAACCUUUUUUUUUACAGUGCACUUUUAUGUUGUUUGAAAUGGUGAAUAAGGUGAGCUAUUUUUGUGAAUGUGUGAUUUAGAGUUGUUAGACUCCUAGGCAGUAGUCUUACCUCAAAAAAAUAUUGCAUUUCCCCAAUUCCAGCAGAAUAUGCACAUUUAAAUUAAACAUGAGUGGUUCUAGUCUUGCUCAUGUCCCUUACAAAAGCCAUUCACAAAUUGCUUCAAACGGGCAAAUAAUUACCAAGUGCCAAGGUGUGGAAGGAGGGAGUGCAUUUUCCCUCUCUAUCUUUCUUCUGCCCCAAACAGAUCUGUAUAAAUCCAUUUCUGCAAAGGAUCAUCUGCUGAAAACUUAGAAACAAAAACCAAAACAACAGCAACAACAAAAACAAAAAGAAUGGAAUAUUAUUUUCCAUCGAGGAGAAGGCAAACUCCCCAAGUAAUAAAUAUUACUGAUAACACAGGAUUCAUCUUUCGGGAUGACUUCUGUAGAGACCAUACUCAUCAACCUCUCAAAGAGGAGGGGAAAGUGGAUUCAAAGCCAGCCUGGCAGUAAAAGUCCUAGGAAAUCAUAAUAAUUUAGUGAAAAUAUUAUUCAUUCUUGACAUAGAAUGAGCCAAGGACACGGUUGUAUAGAAAGUGAAAAGUUAUUGCCAAAGCACGUUAUACUUUAAAUGUUAGUAUUCUUUCACUGUGCCUGUAUGUUGAGAGAAACCAGUAAAAAACAUUUUACAUGGAUAUUGAAAAUUAACUUUUUCAUCAGUAUUUUCAAUCCAGCUAAUCCCUUACAAAAAAUGAACUUAAUAUAACGAGAAGGGCUUAUUUGCAUUUUAUUCAGUUAUUUAAAUCAUCGAUCUCAUCAAUGAUUGCCAUAUUUUUUGAAACAGAAAUUCGAUUUCAAUCUCUCGUGUGAAAUGACCACACUACUACAACACACGCCCUACCUCACAGGCUAGGACUCAUACUGUGUAGUCCCCCACUGUCUAAACUGAGGGACAGUGUGACUCGGAAAGUGGAUGAAGUCAUGAAGAGCUUUCACUAGAGGUGUAAGGUAUUUGUUAAAGAGUUUUUGUACAUCCUUGGAGAAAAGAAUGUACCUUAAAUGAUUUUAAAUGA